AUGAAUUUACCACAUGAAGUCGUUAAGCUACAGGAGAAAAUGAGCAACCAGAUCGAAGCUAUUCAAGCACAAACACAAGAAUGGCAAAAUGUUACUGUAUCAAAGUUAGAAGAAAAACAAAAAGAAUGGGAGCAGCUAACCGACAGUAUUCGAGAUAUGAAAAUGGAAAUCCAAAAUAUGUGUGAAGCUCUUAGAAUGCAAACAUUAGGAAAAAAUAAUCAUAAUCAACUGAUAGAAGAAAAUAUCUCUACACCACACACAGAACGUAAUUCAUCAACAAUAGAAGAAUCAUUUGAUAAUGGUCAACUUGAUCAACACAAUCGAACAGAACAAAGACAACAUGCUGAGAACAAUGCACGACAAAUGUUAUCAAAUGAACGUACCGCUCAAACAUCACACACCAUCAUCAUUCCACCAUCAUCAUCGAUACCAACAUUUAGUGGAAGCAUCCUAGAAAGUCCUCGUCAGUUCCUCAUUCGAGUCAAAGAAUAUGCUGAAACAAUAAAUCAUUGGAAUGACCAAUCGUUACUUAAUGGCAUCUCACAAUUCCUACGAGACACGGCUCUUGAAUGGUACUGCCAACUACGCGUCUCAAAUCGACGUCCGCAAACUUGGGUGGAAUUCAAGAUAAUUUUUCUCAAUUAA